UUGGGUUUUGAGGCGAAAGCAGCAGAAGCAGACUGACAGGAGCGCUAGCGUUAGCGGGUUAGCUCAGUUUAAAGGGGAAACGAAAGGACAGCAGACUGAGGGGACAUUCAUUUUUUCCCGAGGAGUUAGCCAGCAGUUUUGAAUAAUGUUCUUUUUAACCACGUCUUUUCAGCCUCAGGUAACUGUGCCAUUGACCCAUAUUAUCAACGCCCUUCACUCCUUGAAAACUUCAGCCACCUCUGCUGCCACUGCCUCAGUUCAGAGUCUACAGAGAGACAUUUCACCAGAGCAUGACCUACUUCUUAACAAGACUGACAGACAGCCUAAACUAAACCUUAAGGACUUGGGCUUGUCAGAGCUGAGACUGAAUGGAGCAAAUGAGCUUCUGAACAGGCUGCUACCCACACUAGCUCCUGAGGAAAGCUCAGAAUCUAGUGUGUGCCAUCCCUCCACAAGAUGGAAAACAUCUCACAUCUCUACAGAUUCCUUCUUUCACAACAAACAUGGCUUCUCUUACAGAAGACCAGGACUCUUCAGUUCUCCUCUAUUCCAUAGACAAAGUCCACUUCAGGCAGUUUGCUCAGAUCUUCAGCGUUUACAAGUUUGUGUCCAGAGCAGAGGUUUCAAGACGCUGAGGUCCAAGACUAGGCGACUGCAGUCUAGCUAUGAGAGUCCUGCAGAACCCGAGGGCUACACUCCAGCAUUCAUGAAGGGUCUCCUCAUGAGGGAUAAAGCUGAAGCAGAAAGCCUCGACCAGUUAAUGAAACAGAAGAAUCUUCCUGAGAAUCAGCAAGAUGCCUUUAAGACUGGUUUCACAGAGGGCUUUAUGAAAUCUCAAGCCCUAAUGCAGAGAACACAAGAUUCUCUUAAGAGGACCCGUCUCAUUUUGCUUGUCCUCUUACUUGUUGGCAUCUAUGGCCUCUCAAGAACUCCCUUUCUCUCGGGUAAAGGCUCCUUUUCUGAUACUGUUCGAUUCCGUACUACAUCUGGUCUUGAUUCUGCAUUGGAUCCUAUCCAAAUGAAGAAUGUCACCUUUGAGCAUGUGAAGGGUGUUGAAGAGGCAAAGAGUGAGCUUCAGGACAUUGUUGAGUUCCUGAGGAAUCCCCAGAAAUUCACCGCACUUGGUGGAAAGCUACCCAAAGGUGUCCUUUUGGUGGGUCCCCCUGGUACAGGAAAGACUCUGCUUGCCAGAGCAGUGGCAGGGGAAGCAGACGUGCCAUUCUACUAUGCAUCAGGGUCAGAGUUUGAUGAGAUGUUUGUAGGUGUUGGAGCAAGUCGCAUCAGGAACCUCUUCAAGGAGGCAAAAGCUAAUGCCCCCUGCGUGAUCUUUAUUGACGAGCUGGACAGUGUGGGUGGAAAACGGAUAGAGUCACCCAUGCACCCAUAUUCACGACAGACUAUUAACCAGCUUCUUGCAGAAAUGGAUGGGUUUAAACCAAAUGAAGGAGUCAUUGUUAUUGGGGCAACAAACUUUGCUGAAGCUUUGGACAAUGCUCUGGUGAGACCGGGGAGGUUUGACAUGCAAGUCACAGUCCCCAGACCCGAUGUGAGAGGACGUACAGAGAUCCUCAACUGGUACUUAAAGAAAAUCAAAGUGGAUUCUGAUGUGGAUGCAGAAAUCAUUGCCAGGGGAACAGUGGGCUUUUCUGGAGCAGAGCUGGAGAACUUGGUCAACCAGGCAGCACUGAAGGCUGCUGUGGAUGGAAAGGAGACAGUGACAAUGAAGGAUUUGGAGUUCGCUAAGGACAAAAUUCUAAUGGGCCCAGAGCGCAGGAGCGUGGAGAUAGACAAGAAAAACAAGACCAUCACAGCCUAUCAUGAAUCCGGUCAUGCCAUUGUGGCAUAUUAUACCAAAGAUGCUAUGCCAAUCAAUAAAGCUACCAUCAUGCCACGAGGGCCCACUCUUGGUCAUGUGUCCAUGCUCCCCGAAAACGAUCGGUGGAGUGAGACUCGUGCUCAGCUGUUGGCACAGAUGGAUGUCAGUAUGGGUGGCAGGGUAGCAGAGGAGCUCAUCUUCGGGGGUGAAAAUAUCACUACUGGAGCAUCAAGUGAUUUUGAUGGAGCCACUAAGAUUGCAAAGUUGAUGGUUACACGAUUUGGAAUGAGUGACAAGCUGGGAGUCAUGACCUACUCUGACCUGUCUAAACAUAGCCCAGAGACACAAGCAGCUGUGGAGCAGGAAGUCAGGGUGCUGCUACAGGACUCAUAUGAGCGUGCUAAGAAACUCCUCAAGACAUACAGCAAAGAGCAUAAGAAACUGGCUGAUGCUCUGCUCACUUAUGAGACUCUGGAUGCAAAAGAAAUUCAGAUGGUUCUGGAGGGCAAAUCCCUGGACCCAAGAUGAUAUUUUUCAUAAGGAUUUUAAAGAGACUUAAGUUAUAACCUUGUUCUUUCAAACAUAAACAGUGGAAUGUGUAGAACCCUCGAUACAAUUUUCAGUUCUUCCUCUCAAUCAGUUGAAACAAAUGUACUGAACUGGCACUUUUUUUGUUUCACUUUAUGCUUUUCUGUGCUGGUUUAAAAAACAUUUUACCUCCUUAUAAGUCUCUUCUCUUCACUUUGACAAUGGAAUGUUGCCGCUGCAUAUUUGCAACCUAGUAAUCACUGAGUAUUGUUGUGCACCCAUCGCACAGAGGAGAAGGGCCAUCCUUGUGUACCUCUCAUUGUCAAUUAAUGCCUGUAAUCAAGAGAGACAGAAAUAAGAGUGGGACUUAAUGACUCAAGUAGGAACUAAAAAUCAUUGUUCCAUAGUUAUCUGAUUUUGGUAGUUGGUAUAUUUCUGUAUAUUUACUAUACAUGUAUAAUAUACAUUGCAGUGUACAGCACCAUGUGAGUGUGGAGUUAGCUUAUGUUUGUGGAAGCAGAGCAUUUUGUGGAUGAUUUUCUGUUAACUUCACUCUUUUUUAAGUGAGUAAUCUCAAGUUAGUAGCACUUUUUUUUCAUUUUUUUGGCACAACAUUUAAGUGACCACAGAUACAUCAUCUUUGAAAUGAAAUAUGGGUGUGUUUGAGCCCAUUAUCCUGUCCUAUUCUGUUAGAAAAAAAUGCUUGAUAUAAUCCUAGGAGUACAGUGUUUUAUUUUACAGCCUUAAUUAUGAGCCAAGAAUGUAACAUCAGAACUUUAGUGUUACUUCAAUAUCUAGUAUUUUCUCCACACAUAAAGGGCUAGGUCUGCAAAUCUAUGUAUUGUUGCUAUUGAGAGAACCCCUGUAUUUCAGAUUUUUCUUUUUUUUCAGAAGAUGGGGAAAAAGUACUUGCAUUACACAAAAGUUUGCGCUAAUUGUCACAAGACCAUUUUAAGAGAUAUGAGCUUUUUUCAUUUCCCAAAUGAAAUAAAGGGAGUGGAAGUGACAAACAUGGCUCACUGAUGCAGAUUUCUGUUUUCCACAUCAGUUGGAAUUGGUAGGUUAUUGAGGUGUGUGCACACACCGGUGAUUUUAUUUAGUGAUUUAUUUAUUUGUGUAAUAUUUGUCAUGUUCCAAAACCUUGUCUUUGCUCCAUAAACUGCAGCUAGUCUGUGAGUGGUGUAAGAGUUAUGGUGGCAACACUGUAUAUAAGUGUGUUUGUAAAGUUUUGCGUCUGCUCUAAGAUUUAUUCCACAGUGAGACUUAUUUGCCCAAAUAAAAAUGAACAAUAAACUAUUGAAGUGUA